AUUUAAUUUCUUCUUAUCUCAAGAGAGAAAACUUUACACCGCCACAUAAACGGCUCCCACUGACACAAUAGGAACAAUUGGAUCAAUAGCAGUUUGUAGUUAAUGGAGUAGAUACAGAAUAGCCAGUGUGACAAAUCCGAGUUAUGGAUAUUGGACAGGCAGUCAGCAGCCAUGGAAAGUUAUAUCACAGUUGAUCCACUUGCUUCCAUAGUGCCCAGCAGCCUCGUCACAAUGACAAAUAGCUGGCACCGUUAAUGCAAUAACUGACAGGAACUGCCCGGCAUUCUUUUCCCAGCCGUAUUUUCUCCGCUUGUCCCAUAAAAGGGAAAAAAUAUCAACCCCCUAAACGCUCGAUCUUUUUCUUCCCAACUUUUAGUAUUAUCCAUGCUCAACGCCCAAGCGCCAGCCGUUGACACGACAAUCUCUCUCAAGGAGUUCCUCAAGUCUGCACCGCCAGUGCCAAAAUCUAAGGAAACCACCCCCUUUUACCGCUCGGCAAUUCCCGUCAAGUCGCUGGUUCAGCGGUACAGAACCGUGGGAAACCUGGGAUCGGGUAGUUUUGGAACCGUGACGUUGGCUAAGGUCCGCGCCAACGCGCUCGCAGGCAUCUUUGACGAGAUGAAAUUUUGUCAGGGGACUCUCCUGGAGCCGCUGAAAAACGUCAACCGUGCGAAGCUUGAUGUGGUGGCUAUCAAGACAAUGACUCGAAGACUGGCCAAUCUGGACGACUACUCAAAGGUGAAGGAAGUCAAGUUCAUUCUUGCCGUGUCGUCUCACCCCUCAUUGGUCCAGAUCUAUGACAUUUUCAUUGACAAGGAGACAUUCAAGCUCCAUAUAGUCAUGGAAUCAAUGGAUCAAAACUUGUACCAGCUUAUGAAGUACAGGAAAAAUUGCUUGUUCUCCCCAUACACUUUAAAAUCAAUCUUGUCCCAGAUCCUGGCUGGCAUAAGACACAUCCAUAAACACGGCUACUACCACAGAGAUGUCAAGCCGGAAAAUGUUCUUAUCAUGCAGUCCUCAAACUUCUAUGGCUCCAAGGAAAAUAUUCCCGAAAACAAGAGACACCAGGCAUACGUGAUCAAGCUGGCAGACUAUGGACUCGCAAGACAGGUCGAGAACAAAAGGCCUUACACGGCCUAUGUCUCUACCAGAUGGUAUAGGUCCCCAGAAAUCUUGCUGAGACAAAAACACUACUCCUAUCCCGUGGAUAUAUGGGCAUUUGGAUGUGUGGCAGUUGAAUCGGCAACGUUUCUCCCGUUAUUCCCAGGGAGCAACGAGCUCGACCAAACAUGGAGGGUCCUGGAGGUCCUCGGAUGCCCUGAAAAGAGCGAGAAAGCACCUCUUGGCGGAUUUUGGGACGAUGCUCAAAAAUUGUCUAGCAAUCUCGGAUUCCACUUGCCAAGGCUCCCUGGCGCCUCUAUCGAGGAACUGAUUCCUAGAUUUGAUCUUCCUGACAACGACAGAAAAGAACUCUGUGAUGUCGUGAAAGCCUGUCUGGUCUGGGACCCGGAUCAUCGUAUUGGCGUCGACGAGCUUUGCAAAAUGAAUUAUUUCAAGAACACGGUCUUGAGCGCGUCAGAAUCGGUUUCUACGCCUGCACACAAUACUGUGGCCAAAAGCACCCCAGAAAGUCUCAAUUGGCUAUCCAAAAACACCCAUAGCGUCGUUAACGACGAAAAUAUCAACGAGAGCUCCUCACAUCGCCUGCGUAAGGUGCCACACCUCAACAUGUUCAAAUUUAGCAAAUCUGAAAAGCAAAACCCACAAAACUUUUCGUUCGCAGGAAGUCUCAAGGAUGAAAGCAACAACAAGCAAUUGGAUCCAAAGCCUUACCGAAGCGAUACUUAUAUGGCAGUGAAAACCAAACCUCAAAGUACCGAGCCAGGAAAAGCAGACCAGGAAUGGGAGCUCAACGACGACGAUUCUGACUAUGGGGACGACGAAGAUAGCGGCUUAAUCGAGCCAUUGUACAUUGGCGAAUCGUACCCGCUUAUCCAGCUUGACGAUAAAGACCUUGGGCAAAAACCAAUGCCUGGAAACGUGGACGGCUCGUUUGACCCCCAGGUGUGCAUUGUCCGAGGAGAUGAACGCGCAGAUGACCGUUUUAUCGACUAUGCUUUGGACGAAGAGCUUGGCAGCUAUGAUGACAUGGUGUCGUGUCCUUGGAAUGCCAGCCACCCGGCUCCAUGACACCGUUUUUCUAAGAACAUGGCUAUGAAGAUCGACUGUUCGACAUUACGCAAUUUGUACAUAAUCGUGAUUCAUGUCGAGGUCUGACGUUUGGGUUUGUUCGAUAUCCGACUCUUCGGAGCUGCUCUCCUGUAUGGCUGCUAGCAAUGGAUGGUCUUUCU